CGAUUCCCACCAUUUUUCAAUUUAUUCUAAAUCAGAGUGGAUAGAUCGCGAGUCAAAGUAUCAGAAUCUUUGUUACGCCAAAGUACCGUGGUGUCAUCCGCAAAUAAGCAUAUGCAGCUGCAUCUUUUGAUUUUUUGAUGGAAGAGCAAGGUGAUGAUACUGCGCUCGUGGAAAGUACAGUGAGAGAGACAAGAGCUGCUCCAACCGACAUCGAUGAUCUUUUACAUCCUGGGGUCAAAUCGGCGUAUCUCCAUACCUUUGGAGACCAUGAUGCCGAUGAUGGUGACAUCCAUGGAUUUUCCAAGAAGAAAGACGCCAAAGGUGAUGACGGUUACAAGCAUUUCGACAGUUACCACAAGAAAAACUCCGACAAGUACGGGUUCGAGGUACAGUCAGAGUUCGGAGAAAAGGACAAAGCCAGUGUAGGUGUGGAUGAUGACGAAAAAGAGGGCCACUGUGAAGGGUGCCUCCAGAAUGAUGAGUCCGAAGCUCAAGAUGGUGAAUCAGAGGCUCAAAACGAAGACGCUGAAGCAGAGAAUGAGGAAUCUGAAGUUCAAGAUGGAGAAUCUGAAGCUCAAAAUGAAGAGAACGAAAGUGAAGGUUAUACCUCAGAAGGCGCGGAAGAAAAUGAAUCUGAUGAUGACAGUUAUGAAUAACAAAACGUUUCAAAUGGUAUUUGAUAUCAUUAAAAAGCAUUCUGUUCAUUUUUUAAAAAAUAAGAAUUUGCCAGUGAGAUAGAUAUAUGUAGGUAUCAAUAACGUCAAGUAUUCAUAAAAUGUUUUUUUUUUAUAUGGAUAUAUUAUAUUGCUCCAUUUUUG